AUGCACACCUCGCCGUUUCGAGAUUAUUCCAUAGUGUCUGGCUUUUUUGCUCAGGAUGACCCCAACGCGGAUCCUUCAAGCAUCCCAGCUUUUCCGCCUCGUCUCGGUCUCCUAGAUGAUUCUCCAGACCACUGGGACAAGUUCAAAACUCGGGUUGCCGAAUUGAAUAGAACUGCUCCAGCCGGGACUACGUAUAAGGUCUUAUUUCUGGGCCGACAUGGUCAAGGAUUUCACAACGUGGGGGAACAGAAGUACGGUACGAAGGCAUGGGACGACUACUGGUCCAAGCUCAAUGGUGACGGCGAGAUCACUUGGGGUCCUGACCCCCUCCUCACCGAGCUCGGUAACGCUCAAGCUGAGGCUGCUCGCUCGGCGUGGACAGCUGAGAUGGUUCACGGCAUCCCAAUGCCCGAGCGUUGUUAUGCUAGUCCCUUGCACAGAGCGUUGAGCACCUGGGACUUCACAUUCAACAAGUCAGUUAUUCUCGGAAAGCAGAAUGUCACGAUCCUUGAAAAUCUUCGCGAGGAGUUCGGGGAGCACACGUGCGACAUGCGUAACCCACUGUCGAAGAUCUACAAAAACUUCCCCCCUCCAGUCUACACCGCUGAGCCGGGAUUUACGGAGGAAGACUUGAUCUGGGGUCCAGAACGAGAAACCAAAGCGCAGGUCAAAGAGCGUGCAGGUUUGGUGUUGGACCGAAUUUUCGAAAGAGAUGAGGAAGUUUACAUCUCAAUAACAGCUCAUGGAGGGAUCAUUAACGGACUGCUGGCAUCGAUGGGGCGUUCACCGUACGCUCUCACGACGGGAGGAAUUUUGCCUUUGGUGGUGAAAGCUGGUGUGAGAUUCAACUAA